UAUUAACCUGGAAUCCGAGGGAAUUCCGUAUUCGCGCGUGAACCGACCCCACCAGAUCUCCCUUCCUCCUCUGAUCCCAUCUUCUCCUACAAAAGGCCCCCUCCCCCCCGCCUCCCCUACCAGCCCGAGCAGAGCCAUGAUCGACACUGAUCGCCGGAUUUCAGCACUAACACCCGCCGCACAUGCCGCCGCCCUUCGCCGUUUCUCCACUCGCGCCGCCUCCUCCACCACAAUCCCCGCCCCGACCUCCUUAGCCGCCUGCACCUCCCUCACCCCUCAGGCCGAAUUCAUCCUCUCCCACCUUCGCUCCAUCGGCGUCCACAUCCUCCCCGGCUUAUCUCCUUCCGAGCUCACCCGAGCGGAGGCGGAGUUCGGCUUCUCCUUCCCGCCGGAUUUCCGAGCUCUCCUCUCCCUCGGUCUCCCGUUCGGUCCCGGGUUCAGCGACUGGCGAUCCAUAUCUCAACUUCGCUCCCUUCUCGAUCUCCCUGCUGCAUCCAUCUCCUUCCAGAUUGCAUUCCCCCGACGCCAUUCAUUCUGGCCUAAAUCGUCUUGGGGCCCCCGUCCAAACGAUCCCGAAGAAGCCCUCCGGUUUGCUCGCUCCGCUCUUCGCCGCGCACCUCUCCUUCUCCCUGUUUUCAACCGAUGCUAUCUUCCCUGCCUCCCUGCACUCGCCGGAAACCCCCUUUUUCUCGUCGACGACUCCCGCGUCUCCAUCUGCGCGCUUGAUCUCUCUGAUUUCUUUCUCUCCAGCUUUUCCCCCUCCGUGCGUCUCCAGCGGCAGUUAUCUACGGCCAAUCCUCGAGCCCCAUUUCUCCUCGAUUACACCUCGCGCCGAUCCCUAGACUCGGCAGCAAGAACCCCUCGAUGGAUCGAGUUCUGGACCGAAGCCGCCUCCUUCGAUCGCCGUCAAAGGAACUCCUCAUCCUUUUCAUCCACGGAGCAAAUCGUAGAAAUCACGCAGCAGAGGAUGUCGCCGCCGGCUUGGGUUGGGAGGUAUUUAGAUCGGAUAGGGGAAAUGCUGAGGAAUGGAGGGUGGAGGGAGAACGAUGUUGUCGAGAUGGUGGAGGUUGCCGCAUCAGGGUUCUUUGAUAACACCCGCGGCGGCGAAAACGACGCGAUAGCCGUGGAUGGGGAGGUGUUUCUGGAUGCUCUGCUUCUGGAAGCUAAUCGGUGCGGAGAUUCGCUCCGUCGUGCUGGGUGGAGCUCGGAGGAGGUUUCUGAUGCGCUGGGAAUGGAUUUCCGGCGAACAGGAAGAAGAUGCCGGAAGGCCGUGCGGCUUCCAAAGAGUAUUGCGGCCAAGAUCGAGAAGCUCGCCGACGCGGUCUCCCGCACGUCCUAAUUUGUUGAACCUUUAAAAGCGAAAAAUGUGUGUUAAACUUAGAUGUUUGUAUUCUAUAUAGUAAAAACAAAAUUAAUGAUAGUAUUAUAAAUGAGCUUAGCAAAUCAAACAUGUUUCUUUUUCUUAGACAGAAAAUUUACAAGAAUAUCUAACAAAUUCUUGGUUUUAUAUUAAAACGUAAAUAAAGCAAAUAUAAAUUGAAUUAAAUUCAAAAUAAAAAAUAAUACCAUUUAUGCACAGUUAUUUAUCCCUAACACCCUCGAUCUCGGCAACUCCAGCGGCCCCAUCUAGUUCAUGUCCCAUAUUUCUUCUAUCUCAUCCCCAUUUUCGACCAUUUGCUCGUCUGCCGCCGCCAUGGGGAGAACAAUCUUUAUUUUUGAAGAUGUGUAAAAUCACAAAAUGUUUUUUUUUUUCUAUUUUUUCAUAUAUUGUAUAAGAAAAUGUAUUGAGGAGAAUGUUGGGUGUGGUGCAAAAUUAUUUAAUUGCCUAAAUUAUUGUUAGAUCCUAUAUUGUCCUUUGCAAUAAUGCCCCAAGAGUUUAGGAUUUAGUGAAAG